UCAUUUCAAGUGUGUCAACAACAAUAACGACACAAGUUUCACCAACUCAACUUUCACUGGUCCGACGCAUUUUACGCGACUGGCUUGGAGGCCACUAUUGCACUCGUCCUUUAAAAAAUAGCUCCCAGUAACUUUGUUGAACUUUGCAUUUUUUGUCGUAGAAAGGGGGGAUAUUACAUCAUUUGCCAGGACAAGGAAGUACCUUAUUUCUACACCGAAGCCAAACGUCCGAAAACUGGAAUACAGGGCAGCUCUUUCAUUCUUUUUCUCACUCUUGCAACUUUGCAUCUGUUUUUUGCCCUCGACGUGCACUAGUAAGAAAACUCAUCGGUGUGUUUCGAGAGUGGAGAAAUGACAGCUUUAGCGGGGGCUGUUCCCAGGAUGAUGCGCCCCACGCUGGCCCAAAAUUACCAACGCAGCGGCUUCCCUCUAGAAGUCUCUACCCCGUUAGGUCAGGGCAGAGUAAACCAACUCGGCGGAGUUUUUAUAAACGGCCGACCUCUGCCCAACCACAUCCGACACAAGAUCGUAGAGAUGGCUCACCACGGCAUUCGGCCUUGCGUCAUCUCCCGUCAGCUGCGGGUCUCCCACGGCUGCGUGUCCAAAAUCCUGUGCAGGUACCAGGAGACGGGCUCCAUCCGGCCUGGGGCCAUCGGGGGAAGCAAACCCAAGCAGGUGGCCACGCCUGACGUGGAAAAGAAAAUUGAAGAGUACAAGAGAGACAACCCUGGAAUGUUUAGCUGGGAAAUCCGGGAUAAAUUACUGAAAGACGGGAUCUGUGACCGCAAUACCGUCCCCUCAGUGAGCUCGAUCAGUCGCAUAAUGCGAAGUAAAUUCGGAGGAAAGGGGGAAGAUGAGGACGACGAAGAAGAGGUGGAGAAAAAAGAGCUGGAAGAUAACGAGCGAAGGGCUAAACACAGUAUUGACGGCAUUCUUGGCGACAGAUCCAGCCAAUCAGACGAGGGCUCGGAGGUGGAGUCAGAGCCGGACCUGCCCCUAAAGCGGAAGCAGCGCCGCAGUCGCACCACGUUCACAGCGGAGCAGCUGGAGGAGCUGGAGCGCGCCUUUGAGCGCACGCACUACCCCGACAUCUACACGCGCGAGGAGCUAGCGCAGCGAGCCAAGCUGACCGAGGCCCGUGUGCAGGUCUGGUUCAGCAACCGGAGAGCCCGGUGGAGGAAGCAAGCAGGAGCCAAUCAGCUGAUGGCAUUCAACCACCUGAUCCCUGGGGGGUUCCCACCCUCGGCCAUGUCCAGUCUGCCGCCCUAUCAGCUGUCAGACAGUCCAUACCCCCCGACGUCCAUAGCGCAGGCGGUGGUGUCGGAGCCGGCGGGCACUGUCCAUCGGCCGCAGCCAUUGCCCCCCACGUCGGUGCACCAGGGGGGCCUGGCCACGGGGGCCGGGGCCCAGGAGGGCGCUGCUGCCUACUGCCUUGCCUCUGGACGGCACAGCUUCACCGGCUACUCAGACAGCUUCGUACCCCCUGCCAGCCACUCGAACCCAAGCAUCAGCAAUGGCCUGUCACCCCAGGUGAUGGGCCUGUUGAACCCAGGCGGCGUCCCCCACCAGCCGCAGAGUGACUACGCCCUGUCCCCGCUCACCAGCAGCCUGGAACCCAGCAGCAGCAUGGCAGCCAGCUGCUCACAGCGCCUGGAACAUAUGAAGAGCCUGGAUGGCCUGGCCAGCCUGCCCCCCCUGCCCCCCCUGCCCAGCUCGCAGUCCUACUGCCCCCCGAGUUACAGCUCCUCCGGCUACAGUGUUGAGCCCGUUGCGUCGUACCAGUACGGCCAGUACGGCCAAAGUAAGGUGCCUUUCAUUAUCUGAAGCCUGAAAUUGCCUGAACAGAAGUGUCUCCAAAAGUCAGCUCGUCGACCCCC